GCUGGUGCAGUCCUUGAAGGCAGCAGCAGCUUCCAGUCCUGAUCGGGUCUGGACUCUGGAAGUUGGACGACGUCAAUAGGACAGAGGACACUGUCCCAGCCCUCAGGAGCGGAGCAGAGGCGGCGCGCUGCUCCCAACUCGGGACGUUUUAAUCUUUUGCGCAUUUUCGGCAUGUUUCCGCGCGUAAAGGCGCACUGAGUGAGGUGGAUCUGGGCUUCAGGGCGGCUGAGGAAGAGGAGCGAGAUGUUGGCCAGGAAAAGCAUCAUCCCGGAGGAGUUCGGGCUGCCGGGUCUCGCCUCCCGGCUGCCGCGGAAGCCGGUGUUCCGGGACCGCGUGAACAAGGCGCGCUUCAUCGCCAAGAACGGCUCGUGCAACUUGGCGCACAAGAACAUCCGCGAGCAGGGCCGCUUCCUGCAGGACGUCUUCACCACGCUGGUGGACCUGAAAUGGCGCUUCACGCUCGUCAUCUUCACCACGACCUUCGUGAGCAGCUGGCUGCUGUUCGCGAUGAGCUGGUGGCUGGUGGCCUUUGCGCACGGAGACAUGGACCCGGCGCGGAAAAACGAGACCCACUGCGUCACCGACGUCGAGUCGUUUAUCUCAGCCUUCCUGUUCUCCAUCGAGGUUCAGGUGACCAUCGGCUUUGGAGGUCGGAUGAUAACAGAGCACUGCCUGGCGGCCAUUACUGUCCUCAUCUUGCAGAACAUAGUGGGACUCAUCAUCAACGCCGUCAUGCUGGGCUGCAUCUUUAUGAAGACGGCUCAGUCGAACCGCCGAGCGGAGACGUUGAUCUUUAGCCGUCACGCCGUUAUCGCCGUGAGGAACAACCGUCUGUGCUUCAUGAUUCGCAUUGGAGAUCUGAGGAAGAGCAUGAUUAUCGGAGCAACCGUCAGAUUACAGGUGGUGAGGAAGACGACGACUCCAGAGGGCGAGAUAAUCCCCAUCCAUCAGAUCGACGUUCAGACUGAGAGCGCCGUCGCCAGCAACAGCCUGUUCCUCCUGGCGCCGCUCAUCAUCUGCCACGUCAUCGACAAAAACAGCCCGCUGUACGACCUGUCGGCCAUGGAGCUGCAGUGCAGCGACCUGGAGGUGAUCGUCAUCCUGGAGGGAGUCGUGGAGACGACGGGCAUCACCACCCAGGCCCGGACCUCCUACGUCUCUGAGGAGAUCCAGUGGGGCCACCGCUUCGUUCCCAUCGUUACGGAGGAGGAGGGCGUGUACUCCGUGGACUACUCCAAGUUCGGCAAUACGGUUAAAGUGAGCACGCCCAGCUGCAGCGCCCGGGAGCUGGACGAGAAGCCGUACAUCCUGAUCCAGACGCUGCAGAAGAGCGAGCUGUCACACCAGAACUCCCUCAGGAAGCGGAACUCCAUGAGGCGCAACAACUCCAUGCGGAAAGGCGGCGGCGGCGGCGGCAGCCUGCGCAGGAACAACUCCGGGCUGGUUCCGCCCAAAGUGCAGUUCUUCACCCCGGCGGAGGGCGGCCAGAGCCUGAACGCCGUCACCUGACAUGAGGCCUUCCUCCUGCAGGGUGCGCUGUUCCUCCUGGCCGGGACCAGGACUGUUUCUCUGGCGGGACUCCUCCUGCUCCUGCUCCCCGCCUCAACGCGACUCGUGUCUCAGUGCGUCUGUUGUUGUUGUUAUUACUGUUAUUAUCUUCAUUAGCAGGUGAUUGCACUGACACACACACACACACACACACACGCACACACACACACACACACACACCUGUAUGGGAUGUUUGGUAGCACUGUGUAUCACUGACAUAACAGCUGUUAUGAACAUGAAGGAGUCUUGAUGAAUGUUUAUAACUGUAGUAUCGUUUGGUAAAUAAUGACAUUUUAAUGCAGGUUUUAGUGCAACUUUGAAACUUUAAAAGUUUCAUUAUUUACCGACUGGAUGCUUUAUGUCAACAGUUAUCAACAUUCAUAAAGACUCCUUCAUGUUUCUGAUGCUUUAUGUCAGUAUUCUUCACUCCUUCUCAUAAAGUGCUACCGGAUGUUUUCUCAGAACAAAACCACGUAAAUAAUAUCAAGCAGCACUUUAUGUUCAGAAAAUAUUAAUUUGCACAACAAUGCUCAUCAAGAUGCUAAUCCAAGUAGAAAUAACUGCUAGUUUAGGCUCAAACGGCGUCAUUCUAUAUCUCAUAUCUCAUAUUUCAUUUCUCUGACUUGUUCAAAGUGUUUCUGCUUCCUGGAUGUGCAGACAUGCAGGUUCUUUCUCAUCCUUUAACAGUAAUUAUUACGAGCCAAUCACUAAUGUUCUGUGUUUUUGUGUUUGACAAUAAAUGCACCAACUUGUUAUGAA